GCAACGCUCGGAAGUCAACUGCGAACGUCGUCAUCACUACAGUCUCCUCUUCAGCAGCAGCAUCUCUGCUGCAUCCUCACAAGGCACCUGCGAACCGCCGCCAUCGCUAUGUUUCACUGGCCGUGUGCGUGACGAGGGUUGUCUCUGCAGCUUCUGGCGUGGAAGGAACACGGUGCUGCAUCGCUGCGGUGACCGUUGAGACGGAGACCUCCGACCGGCUGCAUUCUGUCUUUGACGACCGCUAUGGCGAAAAUGAUGACAUCAUGCAACGCAAUAACAGGUGAGAAGAUGGCACCUCCAUCUGUCUCUCUCAUUACUGACAAGAGAAGCCCAACGAACGGCCACAGCUCUCCCGCCCGUGUUGGAAAAGCUGAGAAGAAGCCUCAAAUAAACGGCUAUGCCUCCCCGUCACAUCUCGCAGCCCAUAUGCCAAAUGUCCAUGCUGGUAAACAGACUCUGGAGGGAUACACGAAGACAGACGACAGAAUGCGUUUGGCCAAAGAAAGACGGGAGGAGAGAGAGAGAAGCCUGGCGGCCAGAGAGCAGUUGAUCAGGGAGAAGGAGCGCAGAGCUCGGCUGCAGUACGAGCGCACAGUGGAGGAACGCUGGAGGCGACUGGAGGAGCAGAGGCAGAAAGAGGAGCUCCGUCGAGCGGCAGUGGAGGAGAAGAGACGACAACAGCUCGAAGAAGAGAGGGAGCGGCUGGAGGCACUCAUGAGACGCUCACUGGAGCGAAGUCUUCAGCUGGAACAGAGAUCCAGGCGCUGGGGUCGAGGCUUCCCAGGUGACAGUGAGAAUGCCCCACUCUCUUUUUCUGCUGCCUCCGCCCUUCCCCAUGGCAUUGCAUCCCCCCUUCCUGCUGUCAGCGAAUCUGCCCCCUGCAGCCCGCACAGAUCACCCUUGUGCAACGCUCGCAAUCCCGCGGGUAGCAACAGAGCCGGACUACAAGGAGGCUCCCAGUCCACCCCCAAUACUCCCAAGAAAGAGCGUCUUCGCCGAGAGAGAAGGACUGCUUCACCCGGCUGUGGAUUUGUCACCAGAAGAUCGGAAUCUCCGGCGAGUGUCACCAAAUACUUGGCUUCUCCCACGGCAUCCAAGUUGGUGUCAUCACAAUUCCGUUCCCAGUCUCCCAGCAGCACACACCAGUACAACUACUCCCCCACACGGCACCGUGGAGAUUUGUCACCAGUUGAGAGAAGAACCGACAACAAAAAAGUCGGAAAGAAGAGUCCAGGCAACACCUCUCCCCUUGUAAACAAUCACGCAGUUGGGGUCAACAAAGCCAAACAGACGUCUGACAAACGUCUGAAAGGAGAAAACUGUGAAAUCAGCCGCUCGCCUGACAGAAACGACCUAUCCGCCAAAGUCGAAUCACCACGGAAGAUGAUCGAAAGCAAUGACAGAGAGAAGAAAACAGAUUCAGGGAAGGUUGCUGCCGGCACAACAAAUGCAGAAGAGGCCACCAGGUUGCUUGCUGAGCGACGGCGUCUGGCUCGAGCUCAGAAAGAGUUGGAAGAGAAAAAACAACGUGAACAAGAGGCGGAGGACAGACUGAAGGAGGAGCAGCAAAAAAAGAAACUUGUUGAGGAGCAGCAACAGGUCGAGGUGAAGUCUCAGCAGCUGAACGGUGUGGAGAACAAAGUGCAAGAUCAACAGAAAGUGAGACAGGAAGAGGAGAAACGACAGCAGGAGUUGCUGGAGAAGGAACUUCAGAUCCAAGCUGAAAGAGAGAGAGAAAAAGCCAAAAGCCAAGCACAAGAGGAGGCCGAGCGUCAACGGCUCGAUCGAGAACUGCAGCUGCAGCAUGAAGAGGAGGAGAGGCAACUGAGGAAAAAAAGAAUCGAGGAGAUCAUGAAGAGAACAAGGAAAGGUGACGCUGACGUGAAGGAGGAGUCACUGACAGGAGAUGUAGAGACAAAUCAAAAUAAUGGCCAGCAGAAAGAAGCUGCCACCCAGAAGGGACUGUUUCAGUUGAAGGAAAAUGCCACACUGAAUGUGAAGAUGAAAGAGCAGAAAGAAGUCAAGGACGUAGCCGUCACACAGAUGGACUGUCAGAAGAGUGAGAGUGCUGAUGUCGCCCAUCAAGGGACAAAACAAAGUGUGCCUGUGAAGAGACUGGAGACCAGACAAAGCACCAAUGAAGUAAAUAAAAGGGACAAAACAGAUCAGCAUCAGGAGAGACGAGAAGAGAUGAAGAUGAAUUUAAACCAGCAAAACAGAGAGUGUGUGAAAGCCAAAGAGCAGAUCAAUCAAGCAAAGGCUGCAGUUGUGCAACAAAGGGAAGGCAGGGUGAUGAACGGAGUGGUGAAGGGAGAAGCAAAUGGCUUGAAGAAGAGUGAAGAAUCUGCUGAGAUGAGCAAAAGCCACAGCUUGAAUGUGAAAGCAGCCACAGUAGAGACCCAGCUGAAGGUUGUUAGUGCUCCUGUGUCACCACAAAUCAUGCAGCUGCGGCCACUGGAUGUGAAGGAAGCGAGCGAUGAGGUGCAAUCCAUGGAGGUCAGCCCACCACCUAAGGAAGAGCUGGUUUCCAUCCCAAAGUACUCCUCUGUCAAAGAGAUCCAACACAGCGGCGUGAAAAACAGCUGUGCUCUGGACGACUUAAUGGACCUGACCGGAACCAUGACCUGCAACCGAUCGUCUUCAAAAAUCAGCAUGGGGGAUUGCAACAAGAACCUGAUCGAGGGCGUUGUAAGCUCAUUGUCAGAGUCAAAGGUCAUCAAGCCCGCACGCCCAUCCUCAAAUAAACUGAAUAACCAGUAGAAAGGCCUUGCUAGAUAGCCAACGCUUGUUUUGUUUCCUAUGCUAUGUGAUCACGACAUGAGAGUGAAGAGAGCCAUAAUUAUUCUUAAGAAAGAAGUUCUUGUCUUCCAACCCAACUGUGAAAGAUUUCAAAUGUUCUGUUUUGUCUUUGAGGUUGAAGAGCUUAACAGGUAUAAUAGGUAAAUAUAUAUAGUCUCAAUUUAUGUGAUUUAGAUAAUGAAUUAGUCUCAGAUUGAGAUCCUUUAUCAGAAUAUAUUUUAUGAAUAACUCUGACGUGUAGCACUUUAAAAAACAUUUUCCUUGACUCAUUCCUCGAGCAUCAUAGUCAAUCCCACAUUAUUUUUAUUGCCAUUAACAUAUGAAUCCUCUUUAUUAAUCCCAUGAGGAGAAAUUCCAAAAUGAAUUUGUCUCUCAAUUCAUCAGUUUUCAUGAAAAGGCGAAUAAUUUUAAAGCAAGAUGAUAAUGUGUUAGAUUAUAUUAGAUGCUGCCAUUAUUAUUUUGCUUUUUCUGUCAAACCCAUCCAACCAUACAACACCUCACAACAACAUCUGCUGUACUUCUUAUGUUACGUAGUAUCAAAGCUCAUUACAGAGCGCAGAUGUAAAUAAACAGCAUGUCAAGAAAUUCUUGAAUGCUCCUAAUGCAGAAACCAGCCAGAUUGUGAACUAAUAUUAUAUUGUAAAAACAAAAUGCAACAGUCAUACGUAGCAUUAGUUUCAUAUCUACAUGUAUUAAAGCCGUUUGAGUGUUAGCUACAUGUUAUGGACACGUAUGUCCAGCUGCUACUAAAUAUUAAGUCCUAAUAAGUAAAUAUAUUUAAGAAAGCCUGAAAUGCCUUCAAAAACUGUCCAGAGUAGCAAUAUAGCACCGUGCAAUGAAUGUAUGAAUUUGCUGGAGCAAAGUGAAUGCAGAGGGCUGUUCGAGAUGAGAGGUGAGAUUUUACU